UUACCUUAUUCUGAUCGUUUAGAGGGCGAUCGCGGACUCACUGAAUGAAGUCCUCCGUUUCUUUCGGAGGUGCUGACCCGCAGCGAGGCAGAGAUGACUUAGUUACAUAAGGAAUAUGGCGACGACAACAGCAUGUCGUAGAAGGAGAUAACAGGCGGAGCCAACGAUCCGCUAAGACUAACGUAUCUACAACUCCAUCCCCGAGUGGCAGUCAAACGGAGGCGUGAAUGCAAGAUGCCAGCGGAAUGAUCGGCCGGACAGAGGCUAGGGCUGCUUCCUUCCCACCGCGUCCUUCCUAGCCUAGUGUGUCGGAGAUAUAAAGCGAGUGCACCGGAAAAGAACGGGAACUGGGUCGAUCUAUUCUAUGGCGAAGCAUCCGAAGCAUAACUGCACACUCACACGAUCUUUGCCGAGAGAUAGGAGCAUUCGGUGGAACCGGUGAACUACACUUGCUUCUGGAUAGAUGUGUGGGACAGAGGGCUCGUGGUACCAGCUGCCCAACCAGCCUCCUCUGCUUUGAGAACCGUGUGAACGGAGAGUGGGCAGAAGGGAAGGAGGUCCUCAUACGGAGUCGCACACGCACACUUACUUGAGCAGUGCGGAAGACUGGGGAAUGGGUUGAGUAAACUCCCCUGGGGCCGGAAAAAUAACAGACGAAGCUUUACUUAGAUAGGGCUUUGAUUGGUCUUUUUUUUCUUAGUGAUUGAAAAGGGGGGCGCCUGGUUAUGUUACAAAAAGGGAAGGCAGAGGUAGUCCUUCGAAUGGCGAAACGAAGGGCUAAAUAGCGCCAGUGAUUCUCUGAGCCGGUCUGGAUUUUCUACGCCUCGGGAAACAGGUCGAGAUAGAUGACAGCACCCUUUUCCUCUCUUCCUUACCGGGAGGGCAAUCUAUCUUAUGGCCUUCACCUCCCGCCCGGCCCGGAAAUAGAACCCAGCCCCCUUCUGAUCCAUUCAUUUCUGCAAGCAGGGAGGGGGGAUCCAGAGCUAAGCCUCCCGUCUAUUGCAUAACCUAAAAAAGCUAUAAGCAAAGUACCAGAGGUGCGCUUCGCCCGGUGACUAAGAAAGAAAUUGGUUUGCGCUUUGAAGUGAUGAGGUCGCAAAGAGGGGGGCUCCUAUUGAAAGGCUUUCCCUCCCUAAAAAGGCGACCAGCUUUCAAUACUAGUUGUUACGCUGCCAUUUUUCCAAUAUCAUUGAAUAGCAUGGCCUGCCUGGGGCUAAGGUAACUCAAGUGGGAGAGCCGUGUUAUGGGUGACCUUAUUGCACGGUUCAGAGAGCACUUGUGUAUGUGAUGCAAGUGAACGUGUACGAAAAAGCUGUAUCUAGGGUGAGUUCUUCGUUCCGUCGUCGACCCUAUCUAUGUUUCUACGAUGGCCCAAGAACACGCUCAUUCUUCAGCCGUAGAGAGACUUUUGAAUUGCGAGGUACCAUUACGAGCUCAAUAUAUACGAGUGUUAUUCCGUGAAAUAACUCGAAUUUCAAAUCAUUCACUUGCUUUAACUACUCAUGCUAUGGAUGUGGGAGCAUCAACUCCGUUCCUGUGGGCUUUUGAGGAGCGGGAGAAAUUGUUGGAAUUCUAUGAAAGAGUCUCGGGAGCCAGGAUGCAUGCCAGUUUCAUACGACCAGGUGGAGUGGCACAAGAUCUGCCUCUUGGCUUAUGUCGAGAUAUUGAUUCCUUCACACAACAAUUUGCUUCUCGUAUCGACGAAUUAGAAGAGAUGUCAACCGGCAACCGUAUCUGGAAACAACGAUUAGUGGAUAUUGGUACUGUCACUGCACAGCAAGCAAAGGAUUGGGGAUUCAGUGGUGUAAUGUUAAGAGGUCGUGCGACAUUGAAAGUGAAGUGGUGGGCCUACCCAUCCCAACCAGGGGUAUGCUGGGAUUCGCGAAGAGCAGCACCUUACGAUGUUCAUGACCAAUCGGAUCCUGACGUACCAGUAGGUACCAGAGGAGAUCGCUAUGAUCGUUACUGUAUCCGUAUUGAAGAGAUGCGACAAAGUCUGCGGAUCAUUGUGCAAUGUCCUAAUCAAAUGCCCAGUGGCAUGAUCAAAGCCGAUGAUCGUAAGUUAUGUCCUCCAUCACGAUGCCGAAUGAAACUAUCCAUGGAAUCGUGCAUUCACCAUUUCGAACUUUAUACAGAAGGUUUUUCCGUACCAGCUCCUUCCACCUAUACCGCAGUUGAAGCACCUAAAGGAGAAUUUGGUGUCUUUCUUGUCAGUAAUGGAAGCAAUCGUCCCUACCGUCGUAAAAUAAGAGCACCCGGCUCUGCCCAUUCACAAGGACUCGAUUCUAUGUCCAAACAUCACAUGCCAGCAGAUGUGGUCACCAUCAUAGGUACUCAAGAUAUUGUGUCUGGAGAGGUGGAUAGAUAGGAUUCCUAGUUGCUCGAUCAGCUUUAUUGCGAGCCAAAAACCUUUUUGGAUUUUUUCCCCUGACACACAUACCACUGUCCUGUACACUAAGUCAAACUAGCUCUAGAGUACGGGCCGGGCCCUCCAUCCUACCUCCCCGCCCUUUGAAGUAGAGAGGGAGAAAUGGAUAGAGGCAAUCUAUUUAUUGAAUAUGAAUAUGAAAGGGAUCCCAAUAGCAAUAGGAAAGAGAGAGAAGACCAUGUCGAAAGGAUUCUGUCCAUCAAUCCAAUCCUAUUUUGUUCACAUUGAAGGAAUUGAAUCCAUAGUAAAAAUACACCAAUGCACAAAAGAGUUAACUCUUGAAGAGCGGGUAUAUUAGGCAAAGAAUAGGACGAGGGAGCUCUUACUGCUCGAGAAGGAGCUGUGAUACUUAUGUUUGUUCUCGCAUCCGCAAUCGAAAGGGCAGAAGCAAACAAACCCGGACCAUGAAAGGAAAGGGGGGUUCAGCACCCUCCUGACCGUCCAUUACCUUUGAUUGAAAGCAAUCCUUACCUUCACGGACCCUAGUUUUAAGCAGCGCAGCACCAGAAAGAGUCAAAGGUACCACACGAACGGACUAAGCAACAAGGUCC